AUGACUCGCGCCAGCGCGUGCGGGAGCUCCUGGCUGAGCGUUGAGUCCAGGCGAGUUGCGCUGGCCACGAUCGCUACGCCGAGCCGAGCUGACGCGCCGAGGCGCCGGCCAGUCGCAGCCGCUCGCCGUCUUCGCAGCCUCCUUCGCCGCUGCUGGCUCGGCGCGCGCCUGCUCCUCGCCGCGUUGCGGCUGCCCGAGGCGGCGUGCGAGGCUGCCGUGACGCUCGGCACGGAGCGGCUGGACGACUCGCUGCAGCGCACGCUGGGCCGCGCUGCAGAGGAGGAGGAGGACGCACCCAAGUCGGAGGAGCUCGUGCUCGCCAUCGACGUUGGCGCCACGCGCACCAAGCUGCUGCUGUGCGCCAUGACAGUCGGCGGCCGCGGCCCGGGGCGGUUGCGCCGGCUGCCGCCUGUGCCGACGGCAAGGCUGUGGCAGAACCCGGCGCUGGAGAGCGAGGACAAGUUCGACCCCGAGGGCGCGCCAGCGCGCGUGCGAGACUACCUGCUGACGUGCGGCGUCGUCAGCUCGCGGCUCGGCCGGCUCGUCUUUGCGGUGCCGGGCACCGUCGACCUGGCCACAGAGGACCGCUCCGACUACACGGUGGUCAAGAACACGCCGUCGAUGUCGCCGCGCUUCCGCGGCUUCGACUUCAAGCUCGCCUUCCGCGAGGUCUGCCCCCGCGCCAAGGUGUCCGCCGUGCCCGACGGGCUCGCCGCAGCGCUCGGCGUCGCCUGCGAGAACCGGCAGCUGCGCAGCGCUCUCGUGCUCAUCCUGGGGACGGCUCCGGCGGUGGCGACGCUGUUCCGCGACCCGUCGGGCAAGGGGCGCUUCGUCGAGGUUGCCAUCUGGCAGUCGUGGGUCUGGUUCACCAAGAUCCGCCUCGACGAUCCGCACGGCUACUGCGGCGGGCCGCAGAGGAAGAGGACGGGCGGGCGGCGCUCCGGGCCGUGCGGGCUGCGGGUCACCAAGGAGGGGCUGCGCGUCAAGCCGAAGGACUCGCACAAGAUACCCCACCACCAGGCGCGCAUCCGCUUCGCGCUCGACGUGCUCACCUGGGAGAGGCUCCACGGCGCGUGCGCGGAGCUGCCGCCGCACACGCAGCCCUCCCUGUCGGCGGAGGCGCGCGGCGGCGAGGGAGGGGAGAGGCGCCCCCCGAGGGAGCGCUUCCACUCCGUGUACGGGCCGCCGGAGGAGGUGCACGUGCUGGGCGGCAACGCGACGGCGGCGCGGGGCCUCGUCACGGCGGCCAAGUACGUCGUGCCUGAGAGCCGCAACCCGAACCCGCGCAGCCGGCUUCGCGGCGCCGGGAUGGGAGGCACCUCGGCGGAGAGCGAGGAGGAGCUGUGGCAGCGCGUGCCCGUGCGGGUGGCGCAGGAUGACGCGACGCAGCAGCAGGUGUCGGCGCCGGGGCAGGAUCCGCUGGCGAGGGGGUGGACCCGUGGCGGCGAGAUCUACAUGUACGUGCCCAAGGACGGCCGCUCGGAGAAGGAGGUCUCGGCCGAUUUUGUGGCGGACAUGGCCAGCCCCGUCGAGCCGCAGCAGCCUCGUUGCGCGAUCGCCGCAGCGCGUCGCCGUACCGCUGGAUCGAGCGGCGACGGCAGCGCCUCCACGUGA